GACAUUGGUACAACAACUGUAAACCAUUGUUAGAAAGUGAAUUUUAUAAAAAGACAAGUUUUCAAUUUUGGAAUAUCGUCUGUUCUAUCUAUUGCCCACACGAGAUCUCACAGGCUUAUUAUUACUUUUUUUUUAAUCCAUCAUAUUGAGGAGUUAAAUAACCAAUUUAAGAAUUUUAGAAGAGGCUGAGAAAUUAUAUUUGAUUACAAUAUUUCAUAAAGAAAGUCAGUGACUGCUUUAGUACCGCCAAUUAUAACCUGGAAAGAAAACUGGUCAAUGAAAUUAAUAAUGGUACCUGAGAAGGGAUUAUACAAUAUUUUCAUUAUUCUCUCCCAAGAUGGUGAUUGGAAUUAUUUUCUUAUGAGUUCUUUAACAAACUGUCUAGUCAAAGAUAACCUUGAAGCCAAUUAGAUAAGAGCAAAGUAGGACACUGGUCUCGAUGUCAACAAAUCUUUGGACAGGUGUAAAGUUCACAUCUUUAGUGGACAUCACACAGAUUUUUAAACAAGUCUGAUAGUCAUUCCAUUACAGUAUGAUGAAGUUUAUAAUUAUAUCGGUGCUGUGCUUUCUUGCAGGAAAUGUGCAUGGCCAGCCUUCACUUUGUGCAAAAGAUUGCCCUGAGUUCUAUGAACCAAUAUGUGGAACUGAUGGAAGAACUUAUGGCAAUACAUGUGAGUUUCAGAUAGGAGUUUGUCUGAAUAAGCAACUUGGACAAUCAUUAGCUGUCUUAGGAUACAGUGAAUGCUAUAAACUCCCCACAACUACUAAAUCUGUUCCAACCUCUAGAAAGAUGACUUCUUCAAAGCCAAGUACUGCAGCAUCUACUACUCUUAAACUGACAGCCACACAAAAAACAGCAACCUCCCCCAAACCAAUAACUCACCCAAAACAAAAUGCAACCACUCCCAAACCAUCCACUUCACAGAAACCAACUACUACAAUCCUUCCAACAACCACCACCAGAAAACCACCUACAACCACCCCCAAACCAACAACUACUCUAAAACUAACAGUCACCCAAGAACCAACCACAAGCACCAUAAAACCAACAACUUCACAGGAACCAACCACAACCACCAUAAAACCAACCACAACUCUGAGACCAACCACUACCAAACCAACCACAUUCAAACUAACAACCUUAAAAGCAACCACUCCCAAGGCCACUAAACCUGCCACCCCAAAAGCCACAAAUCCGACCCUUACCCCAGUAGUGAACAAGGUAACCACUACAGCACAACGGGAUUGCUCUCACCAGCAUAGAUGUAUAUGGCCAAAUCGAGUGUGUGGAGAUGAUGGGAAAACAUAUUAUUGUGAGAGAAAUCUGAAUAUCAAAAACUGCAGAGAUGGCACCAAUGUAAAAGUAGUUGGGAAAGGUAAAUGCAGGGAAACGCCCACACCAAGUGUCUUCAAAAUGACCACUGCUCACAAGCUGACAACAACUCCAAAGCCCGACUUCAACCCUUGUUCUGCGCCUUGCUCUAAGGCCCACAAAGUGCACUGUGAUGAUCACGGCAAGAAAUACGGGAGCCAAUGUGAGAUGUACCAUACUUUUUGCCUAUCAAAAUUAGUUUGGUACUGGAAUCCAAAAGAAGUUGCUUGCAAGUUACCAGACUGGCUGGCAGCCAUCAUUGGUUAAAAAGUUCACUUUAGUUUUUAUGAUUAAUGCAUCCAAGAUUGUACUUUGGCAUGUAUCUAUUCAGUUUCAUGAAAGUAAAACUGUUCAUAGCAACCUGAUGCAAUGUUUUAUAUUUCCACCAUCCCUAGUGAAAUGAGAUAUCCUCAAAUGAGAUCAAUGACAAACAAAAUUAGGUUGAUUUUAUCAUGAUAUUUAUCAAAAGUUUUAGUUUAAUACACCCAAAGCUGUUUAUUCCUAGAAGAUAAGAAUGCCUGAAGAUAACUAGAAGAUUGGUCAUGUUUGAAACAUACCCAUGCUCAUUCUCCCUUAUAUCCCGUGAUUUUAUUUUGGAAGAAAUUCCAGUAUGUUUUCAAGACCACUCUGGUCUCAGAGAGCAAAGUUUUGCUAAGUGGGUGGGGUAGGAAUUUAAAACUGGGAUGGAAUAUUGCUUGGCUUUGUUUUAUUUUGCACAUUAUAUAUUGUUGAUUUUAAUUUAUAUUUAUUUACUGAAAUACAAGUUAAAUUAAUAUUCUAAAAAGUACCCAUUAUCACUCUAGCUAAAUGUACCUGUACAGAGCUAUCAGCACAUAGUACACAGAGCAGGCAAGAUUCCCAAAGAACAUAUGGGUUGAACUUCCUUUCUGCAGGGACUUGGGUGAUAAUUUAGUCUCUGAACUCCACUCCCACU